GAAGUGCUGGCCGCUGAUGUGGCAAAGAAGAAGGAGCACACCGUACCAGCUACGCCCGACGGUCAGUACGAGGUACUCUUUCCAGUGGCGCUUCCAGACGAAGGUGGCUUCGAUUGGCUGGACCAGUUUCUGCAGAAGAACCCCACCUACGUGGAGCUGA